CUGGCCUGCGUUGGCCAGGGGCAGGGCGUGUCUCAGGGGUGAGCUGAGCGCUGGUUGGCUGAGACGUCCCAAGUGACCUGCCUUGGGCAGGCGGUGCCAUGGAGCCCGAGACCCGCAGCAUCCAGAUUGAGUUCCCGCACUAUGCUGCGGUGCUGCUGGAGUCGCUCAACAAACACCGCUUGGAGGGCAAGUUCUGUGACAUCUCCAUCCACGUGCAGGGCCGGGUCUUCCAGGCUCACAAGAGCGUGCUGGCAGCCUCCUCUCCCUACUUCCAUGACAAGCUGCUCCUCAAUGACACCAACUGCAUUGUGCUGCCCACUGUCAUUGAGCCAGAGGCCUUUGAGAAUUUGCUACAGCUCAUCUACUCUGGCCGCCUCAAGCUGCUGAUGGAGGCACUGCCCAGUCACCUGCUGGUGGCCAGCGGGCUGCAGAUGUGGCAGGUGGUGGACCAGUGCUCUGAGAUACUUAAAGAGCUGGAGGGGGGCCCCUGCCGGCCCUGGUCCAGCCGAGCAAGCGAGAGCCAGUCCCCCAGUAGCAGCAACUAUUUUGCUGUGAAGGAUGAUGGGGAGCCAGGGGGCGGCAGCUCAGAGGGGCCUGGGCAUGGUGGGGUGUCAUCAGGCCGGCCAGCACCAGGCUGCCCUGACAAUGAGGUGAUGAAGAUCCGGGUGUCACAGGAGGAAGAGGAGGAGGAGGAGGAGGAGGAGGAGGAACAUCAGGCCCAGAUCUGCAGCGGCUCAAUGGACAAGGCUGUGAAGAUUGUACUGGAGGAAGAUGAAGAGGGUGGUGGCAGAGGAGGCUCCAAGGGGCCGUCUUCAGGGGAGCUGGACAGCGCCUUCCAUGGACCCCGUGACCACCCCAAGAUCUUCUACAUCAAGCAGGAGCGCUUUGACCCUGACGAGGCAACAGUGGCAGGACUGGGAGGUGGUGUGAGUGCUCCAGGUGAAGCCAGCUUUCUGAAGUCGCUGGCACAGGGGCGGGCAUUGGGCAUGGCUGAGGUUCAGGGCCUGUGCCAGGCAGAGUUCCAGCCAAGCAGUGAAGUCAGCUACAUAAUCCCUGCUCCGGGCACUGGUGCCACCUCCUCCUCUUCCUCCAUUGCUGCCCCUGGCUUCACCAUUAAGGCCCAGCCCCUCUCCUCCGAUGAGGCCAGCUUCCCCCAGAGCUCCUGGAAGCCAGUGGACCUACAUGGCAAUGAGAUCAUUGCCCAUGCGGUGCAUGGCCAGGUGGUGCAUGCACCUGUUAAAAUUGUGACGGCGCCUGAUGGAAAGAAGUUUGGCUGCCUGUGUGGCAAGCGCUUUGCCGUCAAGCCCAAGCGUGACCGGCACAUCAUGUUGACCUUCAGCUUGCGCCCCUUCGGCUGCUCCGUCUGCAACAAGAAAUUCAAGCUGAAACACCACCUGACGGAGCAUAUGAAGACACAUGAUGGGAACCUGUAUUCAUGCGAGGACUGUGGGCGCAAGUUCCGUGUGCAGAACUGCUUCCUCAAGCACAAGGAGCUGUGCAAGGGCCAGGGCUGGGCCACUGCUUGCUGGACCUACAAAUAAAACCUGGGGUGGGACUGAGUGGAGGACUCCUGCCAGCCUUCUCUAGGCCUGAUCCAGCCCCUGAGCUUUGUUGCUCUGUAUCCUUGCAGCUCUGCCCUCCUGAGCUUGGUAACCUGCUCUAGGGCCCCGGGAACACCAAAACAUGAAGGGACACAAAUGGGAGCUGGGCAGGCCAGGGGAUUUGGCCCCAGCAUGGUGGCUCCCCAUGCUGCUCCAUGGCUUAGUGUUUCCGACAUACAGAACUUGCCAUGGGUCAAAGGGGGGAGAUAGAGAAAGCGAGAGAGCCCCAGGCUAAUGUGGGAGCUCAGGGCAGAAGGGUGGAGCAAGAGGCUGAUGGGAACCUCAAGGCAGGGGAUUAACAGCCACAUUACAUCCCUGUUCCCAAUCUGGCCCUGCCCUCCUCUGAAAGGGUACUGCUCUGUUGUGAGUGAACUUAACUGCUGGAUCCCACUUACUCUUCACUCAGCUGCGUCUGGGCAGAGCUGUGUCACUGUUCCUGGCUCUGGGUUUAUAAGGCACAUUCCCAGGUGUGGAUUCCAUGGCUGCCACCUUCCCUUGGGACUUGGGAAUCUGUAGCCUAGCCACCAAAACCAGCAUCUCAGUCUUCCCCAGCCCUCAAGUGUUUGUACAUGGUCCCUCAGAAUCUGCCUUGCUGUGGGUGCUCAGGGCCGAUGACUAACCCCUUAGGGACAAUAAGGUAGGUAAGCAAAGAACACAGGCUCAGCAAAGUGAUUUCUUAACCAUAGACACUUUAGUCUUAAAGCAGCAGAGUGUUACAGAUCUGUGAAAACCACAGUCCUGAGCUGCCCUCAAGUCUGAUCUCACUCCUUCUGCGAGACUG